CCGCGUUCGACCAUACUUGGCCGCGCAGCACUCGAUAACCCGCCACCGCCGGCAAUGAUUGCGCCGAGGAGGAUUCCAAAUCGUUGCUUGGGAUGCAGGACGCAGCUCCUGAGUUUUUACGAUGCUCUUCUAGCGCCACAAAGCAGAGCUAGCUCGCGACACUUCUCGAGCCUCCGAGCGCCGUUAACUCAGACUUUCCUUUCCCUAGCCCAGCCACCCCGAUCAGGUUCAAGCUCGUCCGCAAGGCAGUUUUCGACAAGCCGGCGGGCACGUCGGGACACAGCACACGAGCAUGAUUCCAAUAGCGCCGACACAGCACAGGAGCCGCGAAGAAGGGAGUCGGAACUCGCAGCCGAAGACACCGAGACCAUUGUGCGCCAAGCCAAGCAAACGUUCGGGGAUACUCUGCCUCCAGGCUACUUGACGCCCGAGGAGCUCAAGCUUUACGAGCGGCUUUACGGCCCUGCACUUCGGGAUACAAGGCCCGAGGAUGUUGGGCUUCCCUACUAUGGCGACGAGAGCGAGAUGGCCGAGAACGAGUCGACGCGGACUCUCUUAAGAGAAACUGAAGAUGGCCAGCUAGAGGAGGUAGAGUACACAAUCAAAGUGUCCGAGAUCCCUAAAGACGAAGAUGGCACUGCAUCAGAGGUUGCCGACGAUAUUGGAACCCUUGAGGAACUGCCGCCACUCUCGAAUGAGCAGGUUGAAUACCUAAACGUCACAGCCAAUAACCAGCGCGAAUACGAUGCACUCGUGAGGCUGCAGCGUGAUUUCGAACUCGCCACACUCAAGGCUGCUGCCGAGGCUGCCUUGGAACCAAACGGGGACGACAUUAUGGAGGAGAACGAGCCACGCGAGGAGGACGAGAUUGAAGAGGACGAGGGUGAGCCCAAUGCUGUGUUCGACGAGUGGGAUUCCAUGGAUACGGAGCAGCGAGUACGCCUGCAUCCGCAUACCGUCAUGGGUCACUUCAAGACCCUCCCCAGCACUUUGCUCCUGCCAAAAGAGACCCUCAUUCAGCCCAUCUCGGAUCUCCUGAAAAGGACAAGCCCAACCCAUUUGCGAGAAGCUGCCGAAAGGGUGUUCGGCGGACCUGGCUUACCCUACUCUCCAUCCACGCCCGGGGGAAAGAGACUGCCACUACAGAAGCCCUUGAUGAUGCGCCCAAGCCAACACAAACUCUCCGAGAUUGAAGCCGAUGUCUUUCUUGCUACAGUUGUCCCAGGCUUGUACACGACUGCAAUGAGCAUCCUGGUUGAGGUGCGGAAACGUUUAGGUCCGGCCUGGAUUCAGGGGCUCCUGACCAAAGCCGGAGGUCAGGGUCCCCGUGUGCUUGAUGUCGGAGCGGGCGGCGCAGGGCUGGCAGCCUGGCAAGACGUGGUGAACGCCGAGUGGGAUAUUCUCCGACAGGAACGCAAAGUCUUCACUCAGGAACCCCCCGGAAAGAAAACAGUGGUCGUGGGCUCCGAGACCAUCCGCCACCGCAUUUCCAGAUUCAUGCAGAACACAACAUUUCUCCCGCGACUCCCAGACUAUGUUCAUUCGGGUAAGGGAAAGGAGCCCCAUCUCGAUGCGGGCGAAAGCCCUGCGCCUCGCAAGACGUUUGAUAUUAUCAUUGCUUCCCACCUCAUGAUGCCGCUUGACAAACCUUAUAAGCGCAAGGUGCUCCUCGAAAAUCUCUGGGAGAUGCUCUCGCCCGACGGCGGGGUGCUCAUCGUCCUGGAGAAGGGACACCCGAGAGGUUUCGAGGCAGUAGCUGAAGUUCGGCGCCGUCUCCUCGACGAUUUCAUUAUCCCGCCAACGGUCCAGCCGCCACCGGAAGAGAUACGAGCCGAGGCUGAACGUAUACGUGAGCCUGGCAUGAUUGUUGCCCCGUGUACAAAUCAUACCACUUGCCCCUUGUAUCACUCCCCCGGGCUCAGCUCUGGCCGCAAGGACUACUGCCAUUUUGUCCAGCGCUACACCCGCCCGAGCUUCCUACAAAAGCUUCACGGAGCUUCGCACCAUAACUAUGAGGAUAUAAGAUUCAGCUACAUUGCAGUGCGCCGAGGUGCUCAGCCCGACGGCAUUGUCUCUUCGGAGAGCCGUGCGACGCUUGAACUUGAAAUUGCCCCAUAUCUCCAAGGCAAGGACGCCGCGGACCGCGCGUUUGCUGGCUUCGAGAAUCUCGAGGGUGGGAUUCCUCACCCACUUUCGCUACCCCGCAACAUGUUCCCUCCUCUGAAACGGCGCGGCCACGUAUUACUCGAUAUGUGCACCCCCGCUGGGACCUACGAGCGUUGGAUUGUAGCUAGGUCCCUCUCGAAGCAGGCGUACCACGACGCUCGCAAGGCUAGAUGGGGAGACCUCUGGGCCCUUGGGGCCAAGACGCGCAUCCCUCGCAACGUCCGCCUGGGCAGGCCCGAACUAGCUGACGGAGGUGUCCGUUCUCGGGCUGCCGAGUCUAGUCGCAAACGGCCUAAGGUGGUGGAGCUCAAUGUCGACCCGAAGCGCGGAAUAACGUCGGUCACGGAAAAGGAGGCGAAAUCAAAAUAUCAUGCUGCCGAGCGGCGGACAAAGGGCGGCCGGAAGGUGAAGAUUGACGAUCUCAUGAAGCAGAUGGGCAUCGACGAUGUGGAGGAUCCGGAUGACGAGGAGGAUGCCAACUUCAUGCGUGGUCGGGUCAUAGAUAACUAACCAAGCCCCAAUGGCUGCCAUGUGCCUGCUUUAUAGCACAAGAGCUGUUUACGGCUCUGUUUAGUUAUCUUGUAUGUACGAAUAAGUUGCCGAGACGACAGAUAUAUAUCUUUCGCCGCGACAAUUUGUGUAAACACCUAGCUAGAUGUACCUAGUUUGUAAAAAUAGACGCUGUACAUAAGACAUGAUCACGGUGGAAAACUUACACGUUGCCCUCUCGAGCUGAACAAGAUAGAUGAACGCACCUUGAACAGAAACCGCUAACGGUCUUGAGAUUAUAGACACGAUACGCCCUCUCUCUGUAAAGCCAUAGAUGAAGAAAAAAACACCUGCCCAAUGCGUAUAAAUUCUCCAAAACGCCGCUGCUAAGCCAAAGUCGUCACACAUGAUGCUACCGGCUAUUCAAGGCCAGGGUACUAUAAUUUGGCGCCGCUGCCCAGCGUCUGUCGUCACCGAGCAGAUACUAUCUCUGCCAGGGUCGCCGCCCCCCCCCCUCCC